AUGAACAAAACGCGUUUGAACGCUACUUGCCAGGUAAACGCGUUCGAACGCGGUGCCGAACUUAACCGAGUAUGGUCGGUGCGUUGUACAGCUACAAUUCAAGCAUCCGAUAGAAAACAAACGGGAGUUUUGGUACGUGGUAGUGCUGCUGAAUUAAAAGCAUUAAUUGAUUCUGUAAUAGAAAAUGAAAAAACAUUAACGAAAGAUGCAGCUAAGAAUAAAUUUGAAGAAAUGUGGAAAAAGAAAAUCGAUUAUAUUGAAAGUAGUUUCAAUGUCGAAGAACAAAUUCGAAUGGCAAUAAAAUUUGGAAACAAAUGA